AUGAGGCCAAGGUGGGUUGCUUCGUCGCAACGCAGAGCUGACUGGACACAGCCGCGGUGCUCGAACUGCGCACGGCGAAAGGGGAGAGAGUGCGAGUAUCCCCUCCAAAGCAGCAGCUUGCAUCAGCCCGACCCGCAACUCGUUGUCCUUACCCCGCGCCGGCGAAGCCCGUCCCCGGCGCCCAUCGCACACGAGCUGUACCAGCCCUACCUGGCCGCGCAGUACCGCAAGGAGAUAAUCGACCGCAUGGUCGUCGGCCUACUUGACGCCGAGCUGAAGAGCCAGCGCAUGCUGAGCCACCGGCGGCCAUCACUCGCGGACAACAUUCUCUCCAAGCUCCCCGUGCCGCCCGAGUCCCCAGCGCACAGCCUGCUCCAAUACCUCCUCUCGACGCUCCGGCGGUCCUUCGACGCGGUCGACGUGGACCCGGACGCGCGGCUCGCGUGCUCCGCGGCUGCGUUCUUCGCGGGCUCGCUGGGCCAGCCGCUGUCCCUCCCGCACGGGCACUUCAACGUCCUCCAGCUCGAGUACAUGCACAAGGUGCGGUCUGAGGCUGCAGCCGCACCCGCGACUGGCCGAUUGGCCGCGACGAACGUCACGCUCCUGCUGAGCCAGAUGCUCGACCGCACGCCCGGGAAAUGGCGCGGCCAGCUCCGCGCGACUACCGAGUGGGCGAUCAGUCGCGGCGGUACGGGGUGGGUGCUGGGCGUCGCGCCGCCUGCUAUGGGCUUCUCGGGGCCGCGCAAGGAGAUCCUGCAUCCGCUGCCUAUCGCUCUGAGCGCGGACUUUAACGCUGCGCUCAGUGUCUUCGCGAGCCUGACCGACGGGUCGCUCCCGAUCCAGAUCAUGCCUGGCCCACGACACGCCUGGCUUCUUCAGUCGCGCGCCCUCCAGCUCGACCUCGCGCCCUCGAUGCCAGACUUCUUCGAGUCGAUGCUCGGCAUGCCCCGCGUGCUGGUCCUGUGCCUCGCCAACGCCGUGUCGCUUGUUUCCCAGCGGCAGGCGGCGAGCGAGCAGCAGCAGUCCGACGUGGUCAAAGACCAGCUAGAGCACGAGGCGGCGACACUAAGGAUGGAGCUGGAGCAUAUUUGGCCGGUGCGACUCGCGGCGCGGCAGGACCCACGGAGGAUCCAGUAUGGCGGGCAAAUCUGGCGCCUGGCGAUCCUCAUUCUCGUCAUCCACAAGGCACAGGGGUUCUCCACAGCAUCGGCGGACCUCAGCGGCGCUGUUACGGCGAUCCUAGAGCUGCUGUCCGAAGCAGCCGUCGACGGGACAGGGUUGAGCGGGUGGCUUUGGCCGGUGCUGCUGGCAGCCUGUGCCACCCGUGAUGCCAAGCAGCGGGCGGCGCUGAGGGACCUACUGCCGUUGUGUACGAGCUCGGUGGGGCAGCUUGAUCACUCGGACGUGGCCAACACUAUCCUCGACACAGUCUACACUCACCACGACGCCGGCGACCCAGACUACCAUGUGCGAGAGGCGAUCCACGACCACCCCGACAUCGACGUUAUCCUCCUGUAGCCUGCAGCGGUUACAGGCGGCAUCCCAGCGCGCCCCGCGACCGGGGCGACGAAUCGAUGCCAGCGGGGAAUGUUGUAAUCGCCGCAAUGUUGGUGCGAGGCCUUAUCGCCUAGCGUGGGAUCGACGGGCAUGAGUCUCAAUGCGAUGACGCUGGUGGCACCGGCGUCGUCACACGUUACAACCCUUCGGGCCGCGAGCGCCGAU